UCUUGAAGUGUUUUCUCUUCAUUGCUGAAGUCUGCACCCUCGAGCGAUUUCGUGCGAUUUCCAUACUAUUCACAGUGAACUCUUCAAGAUGAAGUACUCCUCAGCUCUGUUUUUCUCUUUGCUCUAUGUCAGCCCUGCAGUGGCCGACUUCGCGGACAACGCCAACGCAGCCAUCAAAACACUACAAGAUAAGUGGUACAGUGCAGACACUGGACUAUGGAACGACUACUGGUGGCAAUCAGGCAACAUAGUCGAAGCCCUCGCCCGCUUCGGCCAGCAUGACGCUUCCUUCAAACAAACCGCAACUGACAUCAUCGCCAACACCUACGCCAAAUCGCCCAACCAAAAGGGCUACAGCAAUUGGAAGAACGACUACUACGACGACAUGGGCUGGUGGGCGCUGGGCUGGAUCGCUGCCUACGACCUCACCAGCGACGCUAAGUAUCUCAACUCUGCGAAAGACCUUUUUGAAGACAUGACGGGCGGCUGGACGACGCCGUGCAAUGGCGGCAUUUGGUGGAACAAAGAGAAGACAAGUAUUGCGGCGAUUGCGAACGAGCUGUUUUUGAGCACGGCGGCGCACUUGGCGAAUCGCGUGGGCGGGGACGAGAAGGCGGAUUACGUGCACUGGGCGCAGAUGGAGUGGGACUGGUUCUGGACGAAGGGGUUCAUCAAUGGGGAUAAUGUUAUUAACGACGGGAUUGAUAUUUCGACUUGCACGAAUAACGGGCAGACGACCUUUACGUAUAACCAGGGGGUUAUUCUGGGUGGUUUGUCGGAGCUUGCGCGAGCUACGGGCGACGGCGGUUACAUUGAUCACGCCAACCAGAUCGCCAACGGUGCCCUCACGCACCUCACCGACAACGGCAUCCUCACUGAGCCCGUCUCCGGCCCUCUCGAUGACCAGGGCUCGCAGUUCAAAGGCGCGUUCGUGCGCGGGCUCGCCGUUCUCAACGGCAACGAGCCGCAGCAGUCCUUCACUGACUUCCUGAAGAAGAACGCCGACUCGGCGUGGACCAACGCGAAGAACAGUGAGGGUGUGAUCGAGGAUCGCUGGCAGGGUGGGAGUGACAACACCAACGCGGCGACGCAGGCUAGCGGAAUUGAUGUGCUGGUUGCUGCGGCACAGGCUUCCUAAGCGCCUGACAUCGAGGUGUGGUGGGUGAUGGUCAGUCACGAGGAGGAAGAAAUGUGCGUAUGGAGUGCGAAG